UCAGAAGGAAAAUUGAGCAGUACUGUGAUUUAGCUUUGAACUUUUGAAGAAGAAAUUGAGGUUAGAACGACAAAGGAAGAGCAUGGAGUCACUAGACAGAAUCUCAAGCGUCGACAAAAUUUUGGAUCUACUUUCCACAGUCGGCUACGUCGACGCCACAGGUUCCGAUGCACCACCGUCGCAGAAAAUCGCCGCCGGCCUCUCUUGGAUCAUCACCGCCCUCAACCCUAACUCCAACACAAUACACGAUGAAAACAACACACAGUACAUAGAAGAAUCUCUAAAAUUGAUAGAAUGUCCGUACCCUCUUCAACAAACUCAUAUUCAAAAUUGUGACGCUGAUGCUCUUUUUCCUGUUAUUCAUUGGAUUACUUCACGUCUAAGAUCAACACAAGAACAAUGUGUCAGUGAGGUAUGUCAUGAUGAAGAAACUAUUGAAGAAAAGGACGAGCUUAAAACUACUUCGAUAAAGUUGGAUGAACUGAAUCAGCGGAAGACGAAUGUUGUGGAGCAGUUAGAUGAGUUGAGAGUGAGAAUCAAUAAGAAAGGUGCUGAUUCUGCAGUUCAGAAGUUGUAUCCUUUAAUCAUGUCUAUGAAGGAUCUUGAAAGGAAGGAAACCAGCUUUCUGUUCAACCGUGAUGCUAAGCAUUCAGAACUUCAGGCCGAGAUUAGUGAAUUAGAGAGGAAAAUAGCAAGUGACUAUGAUAGCCAGUGCCUUAAUGAUGAGCUUCAUCAUUCUUUAAGUGAAUUACUUGAAAGUGUUGAUUUGAUGAAAAAGGAACUUGCUGUUAGACUAAGGGAUGUAGUGGCAGUAAGGCGACAGAUUGACGAUCUGCCAUGCCAAUCAGAAAUCGUCCAGUAUGAACAUCGGCUCUCAGAACUGUAUGCUCAAAUCCAGGGAAAGCAUCGACAGACUCGCAAAUAUUAUUCUACCUACAAUGCUCUGUUGGAAAUAAAAGAAUUGAUGUUAAAGGAAACAUCUUUAUUGAAUUCGAUCAUUUCACAGUUUCAAGAGGCCUUUAGCAGUGCUGAUGGUCGUGUAAAACUUGUUCAUUCUAUGGAAGGAAUUGUCAAGGGAAGUCAACAGAAACUGGAAAAGGUUCAACUAGGGCUUCAAGAAGAAGAGAGAAACCGUAAUGACCUUAAGGGUAAAUAUGCUGCAGCAAUCGGUGAGCAAAAGCACUGCUAUUCUUUGAUGAAAGCUUUUCAGGAAAAAUGUUCCAAGGAGAAGUUACAGUGUUAGAGUUCCAGAUGAAAAUUGCUGACAUUUAUGUGGUUUAGUCGUGACUCGUGUGUAUUAUAUGCAUCCCAGUCAAUGCGGAUAGAUAGCCACAAACUCACAAUACCAUGGUCAUGGGUUAAGAAUAUAAUCUGCAGUUUAUAAACUGAUGCUCGAGCUGCGGUUAUGAUGAUUCACAUUUGUUGUUUGCCAUUAACAUGUUCUAUUUAGCCAUUACAUUAAACCUUUUAAUGCUUGGGUUUUGUACAGUUUUUCCUGGAACUUGAGAUCAUUCCAAUGCCCCAAAGGACGAGCAUUCUUCAACGAUAUUUUACUAUUUUCUAAUGUUUGAAAAUUCUUAUUUUUGUAACACGAAAGAUUUACUUCAGAUUAAUCACA